CAUGGGAGUGAAGGAAGGAACGGUGCGGAAGAUGAUCGGCGACGGUCUCUCGGUGAACCUGCGCUCGAACGAGCAGAUCCUCGAGAUCACCGGCGACGGAUGCGACAUCUCCGUGUCGAGGAACCGUGGCAGCGUGAAAGUGGUCGGCGACGGUUGCCGAUUGAGGAUCGAUCAGAACAUGGGCGACGUGGAGUACACGGGUGACGGUGGCCAGGUGCUGCUGGGUCCGAAAUCGGUCAGGGACAAGGUGAAGUACCACGGCGACGGCGGUAGAAUCAGGUUCGACGUGGAGUUGAGGCUGAGGAACCGGAAGUCCGGAGGAGGCAGCUCGAAAGCUGGCGAGGCGGGAAGAAAGUUAGACGAGGAAGAGAAGGGGAAGGAUGCUCCGGAAGGAGAGAGGAACGAAGGUGAGAGAAAGCAGAAGAGAAAGGAGAAGCGUGGUGAGGCGGAUAGCAAGGGGGAGAGGCUCGCGAGGGCCAAAAUCGUCACGACUCUCGAGUACGACGAGAAAGUCGUGAAGAAGUGGUUCAUCAGUCAGGGAGCCGCCACCGUCAAAACCAUCGACGGCGCCUCCUUCGUGAAGAUCGUGCCCAAGCAGACGAAAACCAAAGUCGAGGUGAAGUAAACGAGCAUUCACGAAACACGUGUUUUCAGUAUGUAG